AUGGGGUCAGACGAGGAAGAUUUCGUGUUUCACGGGACGCCAAUUGAGCGCGAGGAAGAAAUCGCGAGCCGGAAGAAGAAGGCAGUGGCUGGGGCUUCGGGCAACCUAAGAACUCUACCUGCUUGGAAGCAAGAGGUUACUGAUGAAGAAGGCCGGAGAAGGUUCCAUGGAGCAUUUACCGGUGGAUAUUCUGCUGGAUAUUACAAUACAGUGGGGUCAAAAGAAGGCUGGGCUCCACAGUCAUUUACGUCAUCAAGGAAGAACAGAGCUGGAGCGAGAAAGCAAAGUAUUUCAGACUUUCUAGAUGAAGAUGAGAGGGCGGAGUUGGUGGGCCAAUCACUGUCUGCAAGCUCACAAUUUGACACAUUUGGUUUUACAGCAGCUGAGCAUUCUCGCAAGCAAGCUGAGAAAGAACAGCAUGAAAGGCCAUCAGCCAUUCCUGGCCCAGUGCCUGACGAACUUGUUGCUCCAGUUUCAGAGUCAAUUGGUGUCAAACUUUUGGUAAAGAUGGGAUGGCGACGUGGUCAUUCUAUAAAGGAUGUGCGUGCUAGUUCAGAUGCUCGUAGAGAGGCUAGAAAAGCAUUCCUGGCCUUCUCUGCUGAUGAGAAAACCAAGGAAACUUCCGACUCAUUCGCUCCAGAGACUGAAGUGGAAACUUCAUUAGAUCCACAAUUUAGUGAAGAUAUGAAAUUUUCUGAAAGCACUCCUGUCUACGUUCUCAAUCCGAAGCAGGACCUGCAUGGUUUAGGAUAUGAUCCUUUUAAGCAUGCUCCUGAAUUUAGAGAGAUGAAAAGAUCUCGCCUUUCUGCCAGUAAGGAGGCUGGCUUCAGAAAACCUGUGUCCAUGAAGGAGAGUCUUUUCGGACCCAAAUCAGGAAAGAUUGCUCCGGGUUUUGGCAUUGGGGCUCUUGAAGAGCUUGAUGUGGAGGAUGAAGAUGUUUAUGCUGGAUACGAUUUCAAUCAGACUUAUGUCAUUGAAGAUGAACAGCCAGUAAGACCAAGCAAUGACAAUAGACUGAGGUUAACCUCAAAAGAGCAUAAUCAUCUGCCAGGGUUUGGAGCUGCCUCGAAUUCUGAUUACAGUGUAGAGAGAUUUGAUCCUCCGAAAAUCCCAAAGGACUUUGUGGCCCGGCAUAAAUUUUCUGGUCCUCGUGAGGCUGAAUCGAAGCCAACGGUUUCUGCUCCUCCAGAUGUUCCUCCCCCUGAAAAUAAUAAUCUAAAGCUUUUGAUCGAUGGGUUUGCAACUUUUGUUUCCCGUUGCGGGAAACUAUACGAGGAUCUUUCUAGAGAGAAGAACCAAUCAAAUCAGUUGUUUGAUUUUCUUCGUGGAGGUAACGGUCAUGACUACUACGUAAGAAGGCUGUGGGAGGAGCAACAAAAGCGCGGUGAUCAAAGUAAGCUGCUAUUCGAAGUUAAGCCCUCUCCAAGCGUGCAGAAAAUGACUGCAGAAACACGUGGAAGCUUAUUGGGGGAAAAGCCACUGCAGAAAAGUCUGAAAGAAAAUGAUACCUCUGCUUCUUCUGGAGGCUCCUUCCAAUUCCCGACCAAUCUCUCUGACACAUUCACCAAAUCAGCUUCAACGCAAGAGAAAGCAGAUGCUGUCAAGCCCUUCAAAGAUGACCCGGCCAAACAAGAAAGAUUUGAGCAGUUUCUCAAGGAGAAAUACAAAGGAGGAUUGCGUACAACAAACUCCGACAGGGUUAACAGCAUGUCGGAGUCGGCUCGUGCUCAAGAGAGGCUGGACUUUGAGGCUGCAGCUGAAGCGAUUGAGAAAGGAAAAGCUUACAAGGAGGUCAGACGAGCUACUGAAAAGCCUCUCGACUUCCUUGCAGGAGGGCUGCAGUUUACUUCUGGUGGAACAGAGCAAAUUAAAGACAGUGGAGUGGUCGAUAUGAAAUCGAGUACUACAUACCCUAAAAGGGAAGAGUUCCAAUGGCGUCCUGCAUCUCUUCUGUGCAAACGCUUUGAUCUCCCUGAUCCUUUCAUGGGGAAGCCGGCAACUGCUCCGCGAGCGAGAAACAAGAUGGAUUCUCUCAUAUUCUUGCCGGAUACAGUGAAAGCUGCAUCUGGGUCGGGACCACGUCAAGUCUCUAAUCUACAAGAGCCUAAGAAAGAGACAUCAGUGGAAGAGCCUGAAGCCGAGGUAGAAGUGGAGAAUCUGGAGAGACCUGUUGAUCUUUACAAGGCCAUAUUUUCUGAUGAUUCAGAAGAUGAUGAAGAACAACCUAUGAAUGGAAAAAGACCAGAGGGUCAAGAAAAGAAGAACGAAGCGGCUGCAACAACAUUAAACCGACUGAUAGCUGGUGAUUUUCUAGAAUCUCUAGGGAAAGAGCUAGGUUUUGAAGUACCUUCUGAUGUCACGUACCCGGAAGCAACCAAGCCAAUGGAAGAAGAUAACAAGUCCAAAGGCAAAUCCGAAGCAUCUUCUGAGAAAAGACCUGAAUUGAAAGAGCAAUCAGAGGAGAAGACAAACAGCCUCACACUUGGGUCUGAAGAAGAAAGGAGUAAAAAAAAGAGAGAGGAAACGCCAAGAAAGCGGAGCAGCAGAGACGAUCUAUCAUCAAGUGAAUCCUCAGGAGAUGAACGGAGGAGAAAACGAUCUAAGAAAGAUAAGCAUAGACACUAUGGUACAGAGAGUGAUUCGUCCGGCGACUACCACAGCCGGGACAAGCAAAGUUCAAGAUCGAGAAGAAAGCGGGGAGAAUCUUCUAGAGAGAAGAGAAGCAGCCACAAGAAGCAUUCAAAGCAUCACAGGAAGUCCACUUCUUCGCGUUACAGCUCGGAUGAAGAACGGAAAGAGUCAAGGCGGGAGAAGCGGAGGCGAUGA